AUGUAUUUCGACUGCUUUAAGAUUGAAAAUUUAGCAAGUAAUCAUAAGCAUUCUUAAAAUUCAUUUAACGAUAUAAAAAUAAUAAUAAAUUAAAAAUGUAUAUUUUCAAAUUUCUAUUUAGCUCAUUUUUUAAUAAUUAAAAGUAUUUUUAUUUAAAUUAUUAUUCUAAAAUAUUUUCUAUAUUAUUUUUUAGACUUGAAAUAAAAGAUAUUGGAUGGAAGCUUUUUCAAAGUUAUAAGUACGAAAGAAGCUUGUUCUAAUUAUCUCAGCUAAAUUUUGGCUCACAUAUACUGUUUUUAAGGUAAAGAUUUUGCUUUUGAAUUUUAAUACAUCCCUCCAUAAAUUUCAAAUGAAAGUUAAUUUUUAGAUUGCCUCCUUGAUCUUGAAAUAUUUUUACUCUCACAAUUUGAAUUAAAUUUUUAUAGAAAAUACAUGAAUAUAUUUGUUUCAAAGAUCAAAAAAAUUUUUUGAUUAAUAAAAAGAAUUAAUAGUCUUAGGUAUGAAAAUUUAAAUAAUAAAAGGUGACCUAGAGUUUAGCAAACUAGCUUCUUGGAAUUAUAUAAUAUCAGCACGAA